UUCAGUUAUCUAUAGGCUACUGUAUUUAACUUCCAGAGAAAAUCUCCAAUGUGAGAGCAGAAGCCGAUCAGAAUAAACUGGUGGAGUUCAACAAUUCUGUCACUCUCACAUGUUCCGCAUCUGGAACCUCUCCCUCAUUCCGAUGGUUUAACAGGAGUACUGUUAUCACAGGAAGUGACACCGUUCUGCUAGACAAGAGCAGCCUCACUAUAUUGAAUGUGACUAGACAUGAUGAUGGACCAUUCCAGUGUGAAGCAUCGAAUAGUAUCAGUGACCAUAUGAGCUCUAAUCAAGUCAAUCUGACAAUUUACUCUGGGCCAGAUAGUGCUGUAAUUACAGUGCCAUCUGGAGCCCUAAACUACAGUUCAGGCUCUGACAUCACCCUGUCCUGCUCCUCUGAGUCCAACCCUGCUGCCCAGUUCCAGUGGGCUCUGAACGGAACCCUGCUGGAUAGAGAGGAAUCAGAACUCAGACUGGAGAACGUUCAGACCAAUCAGAGUGGUGCCUACAGCUGCUGGGCACAUAAUAUUAAAACUUUGAGGUAUAAAACAUCUUUACCACAAAGCAUCACUGUGAUAGAGAAAAUCUCCAAUGUGAGAGCAGAAGCCGAUCAGAAUGAGCUGGUGGAAUUCAACAAUUCUGUCACUCUCACAUGCUCCGCCUCUGGAACCUUCCCCUCAUUUCAAUGGUUUAACAGGAGUACUGUUAUCACAGGAAGUGACACCGUUCUGCUAGACAAGAGCAGCCUCACUAUAUUGAAUGUGACUAGAUAUGAUAAUGGACCAUUCAAUUGUGAAGCAUCGAAUCAUAUCAAUGUCGAUAUGAGCUCUGAUGUCAAUCUGACAAUUUACUCUGGGCCAGAUAGUGCUGUAAUUACAGUGCCAUCUGGAGCCCUGAACUACAGUUCAGGCUCUGACAUCACCCUGUCCUGCUCCUCUGAGUCCAACCCUGCUGCCCAGUUCCAAUGGGCUCUGAACGGAACCCUGCUGGGCAGAGAGGGACCAGAACUCACACUGGAGAAUGUUCAGACCAGUCAGAGCGGUGCCUAUAGCUGCUGGGCACAUAAUAUUAAAACCCUGAGGUUUAAAACAUCUUUACCACAAAGCAUCACUGUGAUAGGAAAAUGGGUGCUCCAAAACCUCAUCAAGGAGUUGAACUAUGCAGACAUCAGCCACUUUCAGAGAAAAACUGUGAAGACGGUUGAUCAGGGAAAUGGUGGAAAUGGAGAGACGCUUUACUCAGGAGUCAGACUCCCCAGCUCUCCAGCUGGUCCCAACUCAGGCCAGGGACCUACUUAUGCAGAUCUCAAUUUUCCGAGAAACGCAGUUGGUAUGAGGGCAAACAGUGGAAAUGCUGGAGAUCAGAACACAGUGUAUGCUCAAGUCAGGCCCUAA